UAUAUAUAUACGUUUGUAUAUAUAUAGACUUCUGAGAAAUCCAAUUUUACUAUUAUCCGGAUCCGGAUCUUGAUUUUGAAAUUUCUUUUUGAAAUUUUUAUUUAAUAAUAGUAAUAAUAAUAAAAAAUAAAAAUAAAAAUAAAAAAUGGAAAUGGGUUCAAGCCCUCGUUCAAUUGAAGACAUAUUCAAAGAUUUCUCCGGUCGUCGUUCCGGCAUACUCCGUGCUUUGACUUAUGAUGUUGAUGACUUUUAUGGAAUUUGUGACCCAGAAAAAGAGAACUUGUGUCUCUAUGGACAUCCCAAUGAAAGCUGGGAAGUUACUCUUCCAGCAGAGGAAGUUCCUCCCGAGCUUCCCGAACCAGCUCUUGGAAUUAACUUCGCAAGAGAUGGUAUGAACCGCAAAGACUGGCUCUCACUUGUUGCAGUUCACAGUGACUGUUGGUUGCUCUCCGUCGCUUUUUAUCUUGGGGCCCGUCUAAAUCGUAAUGAAAGGAAGCGUCUGUUUAGCAUGAUUAAUGAUUUGCCCACUGUCUUUGAAGUUGUAGCAGAAAGGAAACCGGCGAAAGAUAAGCCUAGCGCAGCAGAAAGUGGAAGCAAAGCAAAGGGCAGCACAAAGAGAUCAAGUGAUGGACAAGUGAAAAGCGUUCAGAAGCCAGCAGAAGAAAGUUACGAAGAAGAAGAGGAUGAACAUGGUGACACACAGUGCGGCAGCUGUGGUGGAAAUUACAAUGCUGAUGAGUUUUGGAUCGGCUGUGACAUAUGUGAAAGAUGGUAUCAUGGCAAAUGCGUAAAAAUUACCCCAGCCAAGGCGGAGGGAAUAAAACAAUACAAAUGCCCUUCGUGCAUGAAACGAGAUAUUCAAAGUGGUUGAAAUGCACACCUUUCACCCUCUGGAUCCUUGUUCUCUAUGCUGCUUAUAUAUAUAUAUAUAUAUAUAUAUAUGAAAAUCUCGUUGAUUUCUUCGAAUCAUUUAAAGCUUUUAAUAUGAUUUAGGAGUGCAUUAUGUUUCUAGUGCAAUUGGUUAUUGUACAGUAGUACAUGCUGCCUUGUUUAACUGGUUAUGUUAAUGAUCCAAUUUAUAUGAAUUAAA